GUUUUAGUAAAAAAUAAACGAAAUUUAAAACUGCAAUCGAGGAGAUCCUUUUGGACAAUGUUGUUAGAGGCUUAGUCUAGCUUUUGUCUUUAAGAUUAUAUGGUUAUUUAAAAAUGUAAGAUGCAACUAGAAGAGAAACAAAUUAAUAAGGAAAAAGAAAAUGUCGAUGAUGUGAAAUUGUGUGUUGUUGAAGAUGCUGAAUAUGAAGAACUUUUGCAAUAUUUAGGUGUCUCGUCAUCUCAAUUAUGCGAUGUUGCCCCAAACCCGCAAAAAUGUUCAGCAAGGGAAUAUGUUGAAUAUUAUAUAUUCCCUGUUCUUCUUCCUGCGUUGAAUAAAAUGCUGACAUCAGCAAAAGAAAAUUUAGUUUUUGAGAGAAAAAGGACUAAAUUUAACCCAUGCGACUUCUUGACUGAAUAUUUAUACAAUCAUAAUCCAUAUCAAGAAGAACGCGAAAAUCGCUCUCUUUGGGAUAUCCCGUUCGUCCAAGAAAUUUUAAAAAGAAAACCCAGACCCCCUCUGCCUUUAUCGUUGGUGUGGAGUGAAGAGGAAGCAGCAACUGUUAUUCAGUCGGGAUGGAGAGGGUAUAUUGUUAGAAAAGACCCAGAAGUACAAGAGUUGAGACAAUAUCAACAAGACAUGCGAGAGAGUUCAUACCACAUUAUGUUUCGUGUUGAGGACUUUUGGAAACAACACCCUGUGGAAGAUGUUGAUAAAGAUGAUGAAGUUAUGUGCAGUACCGAAGUUAUCAACAGCGAUGAAGUGGCACCGCGACACAGCGAAAAAGACAUUACGGAAUACAUGUCAAGUUACAAGGCUACAUCCAGUCCUGAAGUUAUAUCCACUUCCAAAGUAGUAUCCCAAGCUGAUGUCGACCCAAACAUAGAAUUAAUGUAAAUUUUAUUUAUUGUGAAAUGUUUGUUUUUAGUAAUGUUA